GCCUUACAGUUAGCCCACAUCGGACGACCUAUCAAGAUUCUUUAUUAUCAUGGAGGAUGUAGAGCAAGCAUGCGGAACAUCGUCGAAGGAAUCUUCAAGAAGGCGAAGUAUUUUACCUGAAGAGACCUUGCUUAAAUCUCAGCGGGAAGACGAUAGACACCAAUUUUCCUCCAAAGUCGAACUUCCGCUAUCACCACGUAGUCGUGGUCUACCUGUGUCCCUUGCCAAUAGCAAAGAGACUCACGAACCUCGACUGGUGCAUCCUGCUGUACAUGACUCUUCCCUCACCCUGGUUUCCUACUGCAGAUUUCUCAACAAAGUGCCACUUCAGUUCCGAUUUGGAUUCAAUGGUAUUCUGAGCAAUGUCUGUUUCAUGAUUGCGUACAACUAUGCUGUUGCGCAGUUCAGCCACCAAUAUGCUUCUUCGACGAUUUAUUCCGUUGUUUACUUUGUUUUCAUUCCCCUCGGUCACGCUUUGGUGUCCCUACUCGUCUUCGGCUGGCCAGAACGGUAUAUUGCCUCGCUCAUGAGCAACUUUCCCAUCGGGCUAACCGCCCUUGGUCUAGGUGGGGCACUGACGGCAUAUCUCGACCGGAUUGAAUUCAAUGAGAACAUUGCGGGUUGGAUCCGUGAUUACUCUACCUUUAGUACGAUGCCGGCACGAUCACGUGUGGACGACCAAGGAGAGUUUUAUUCGUCACUGGUCGUGCUAUUUGUGACGGGGGUAUGGACUUACGUGCUAUCCGUGUACAUCAACAGCCCUCCUGAAAAAUCGGAAAAGAAAGAACUGUAA